CCCGUCCCAGGAGCGAGUCACAACUGUCUCUGAGGCCUAUUUACGCCGGCUAGAGAGCGAAAUCAUACGGCUACGGCAACCUAGUCGUGAUGGCGCUCUGGCCGUGACUCACACCAGCUACCAGCCCACAACCCCAUUCAGCGAUGGGUCGCAAGAACAGAUACUGCCGGAGCGAUUAGUUGAAAACUCCACAACCGAACAUUUUGUACGCAAGCUCAAAGGUGUGUACUCCAACCCUAUCCAAGAGAUAGCCGGGGUACCCCCUUUUCCCACGACAUCGACCCCUGGCGUAAGCGAGCUCAACGCCCAAUCCACGGCAUCGAACUACACAUACAUUCCUCUGGAAUAUGACAAUAACCUUUCCACCCUACUCUUACGCUCUCUAUCUUCUGGGCCAGUUCGAGUCAUUUAUGGGAUGUGAUUAUCACUGGUAUCAAAAGAAGCGCUUUCGCACUCGAAUAGACAAUCUGUACGAUCCGUCACGGUCAUAUCAAAUAGAAAAAACAUGGCUUUGCUGUGUUUCUGUAGUCCUGGCCUUGGGAGAGUCAUACAACGACAUCGUUUCUCCAGCAUUCCUGGUUGACAGCAGAGCCGGGCUCUCCGCCAAUAGUGCUGAUACAAUAGACUCUGAACGAGUAAAUCCGCCGGGGAUUGAACUCUUUAAGCAAGCAUUGCUCCUUCUGCCACCAUCUUACGAGGAACCCACAGUAGAGCAGGUUGAGGCCCUCAACCUCAUUACAUUUUACUGCUACUCUCUCAAUCGACGAAAAACAGCUUAUACAUACGCUGGGACGGCUCUCCGGUUGGCCAAGCUCCUCGGGCUUUCAAAGCCGCAGCCAGCAAUGAGUCCAUUGGAGCGAGAACAUCGCAAACGAGUAUGGUGGACGACGAUUUGCAUGGAUGUAACAACUUGCAUAGAGCUAUCCUUGGAGCCCGCCUGUGUAUUUAAGGAGGACAGCAUCGGAUUUCCGGAUAGUUCUCAGUUAUCCAUGGAGGACGCCGAGGAAUUCUCAGAUCCUCAGUAUCUUACCGCACAAGUUAAGCUUUGUCGUAUCAAAUACCAAAUUAUCAGGACGGUUUCUGAACUCCGUUUCGGAAAUGCCGUCGAAGCACAAGCACUUAUUGGGCCAUGCCUACAAGCUUUGAAUCGUUGGAGCCUGGAGUUCUCGCCACGUUUGGAGUUUACUGAAGAGGGAGGCUUCUUGGAUAAAACCUUGGCUUUCCCGCCGAUGCGGACCGUCGCAUCCCUGCUACUUCGCUAUAAUCAGUGUUUCAUCCUUCUCCUUCGCCCGUUUUUGUUGAAACAACUCCAUACUCUCGUCCAUGGACAAGAAGAUUUCAUGACUUGCGAUGAUGUCGUCAGCCUCAAUACACAGUGCUUGCAAGCUGCAACGCAUAGCACAGCAAUUCUAUUUGCCCUGUUAAAAUGUCAUAAAAUUGCGAAAUUCGGAUUCUGGGAGUCCCUACACAUAUUUUCCAGCCUCACCGUACAUGUGAUCUCCGGCUGCUUGAUGGAGAAGCGGCCCAAUGCUUUUGCUGGUGCCCGGACCAGUGCUUUGUACAGUCCAGUCAGGAGCUUACUUGGGGAAAUGGCUCGACUGGGCAAUGCAGCGUCCAAGGAUCAUGAGAAGAUGAUCCACGACAUAGAGGAUCUAUUCACAGAUAUUACUCCCAAUACAGAUCUGACUGAAAGGGUGGAGGAUGUUGUCGAAUGGCCGGAAUAUCUGAACGCUGAAAACAUGACUUUUGCUCUCGAUGAGACACUUCCUCCGUUUUCUUGGUCGUGAAUGCAAGCAACAGUCCCAUGGAAUUGACAUACAUUAAGCUUUUGAAUUAAAUUUAUGGAUAUUUAAAUAUUUCU